CGAGUGUAUACAGACUCUCAAGUUGAGCCCAGACGCGCACACAUGCAUAACACGCACAGCAAGAGAGGGAUAGUCGCAUAGACAGACAGGGGGAGGAAGGAAAAGAAGGAGAGCGCGGACGGAGCUGCUGCCGGGCAAGCGGAAUUUGGAUUUUGUAUGAGCCUUAAGUGACAGAGUUGUCUGGGUUUUGUUGUCUCAAAACCGCACAUGAAGUGGACUUUUUAAUUGGCUGUUGGAGUUCUUCGUCCUCUGCGCCGGUCUGUUUAAACUUUGGAAGAAAGAAAAGUGCGAUAAAGGGAGAGGCAUUGAGGUUUUUCACAGCUUCGGCUGUCCCGUUUGUGUAAUUAAAGCGCACCGAUGGAGAAAGCUCACCACGGGGGAAAACGGGAUCAUUCCUCGGCUCUAUGUUGAAGGAGACACACAACUGACUUUUUUGCUGGUAGUGGGGGAUUAGAAAACAACAACAACCAGUCUUCUCCGGAAUUGCCCAUUAAUUCCUUUUUUAUGACUGACUCCAGAAGGAUUUAUAGUUCACUCCAAACCUCAUCCGCGCGGUGUCUCUGGUCAAGCACAGCGGGAGCGCAGUUUGGUCAAAUUGAGAUUAUUGAUGGCACCGAUGCGGUGUGAGUGAUCUCUCCGGGGGAAAAGGAAGAAGAUUACACAAACUAAACGAUCCCUUUUUCCGUUUUGUGAACAGUCCCGGAGGUUUUUACCGACAGGAGGGAUGGAGACGGUCAGGGGAAGGGGAGGUGCGCUGGUGGGAUGUCGCUUCUGGAAGACGGUGCUUCUUCUUUUCCUGAUAAAAGUGUCGGACAGCCAAGCAGCAGGAGUAGGAGGAGGGUCAGACUCCUCCCAGACCCGUUUCUCCUCCUCCCUCCCCACUUACCUCCCUGUCCAGUGCCAGUUAAGUGGAGCCGACUCCGCUUUCUUUCUGCGGGAAGCCAAUCAGGAGAUCAUGCGAAAUGGCAGCCUAUUAUCGCGGACUGAGCCCUUCUUCCUCCACCAACUGGAGCCGGCCGUGGCCGCUCCACAAUCCCUGCCCAGCGUCAACUGCAGCUACGGAAACCUGAGCAUUGAGCAGCCAAUCCCUGUAGAGCUGCUUCAGGGCCCAGCUCCACAUCUGUUGCCGACAACCAACCAGGUGACUCUGAACUGGAAGGUCAAAGGUCAAGUGGUGUUCCCCAAAGUUGGCUCAACAAGGCCCUGGAUACAGGUAUUGUUUUACCUGGUAGGGCGACGUUGGGAUGAGCCCGACCCCCCUCCUCCAGCCCUCCUCCCAUGUGUCAGAGCCAUAGCCAUCCGUGACACCAGUGAAGCAGCCCCCUCGGCGGGCUGCCGACUCAUGGGACCAUCUGGCAUCUGUGUUGUCCGUCUGGAGAUUCCCCCAGCUUGGUUUACACCACCACAAGUGAGAAAAAGACCUCCUGAAGUGACUCUACCAUCAGUGGAUGUGUAUUACUCGAUAAUACCAAUGGAAGGGGCCGGUCAAGAGUGUCCUUCCAUCGUUAAUGAGCCAUGGCGAGGUCAGAGCGCUAACACCGGGCCUCUUGGACUGGGCCUUGGAGGACAGUGGAGCCUCGGGGAGGAUGUGAGUCUUCAGGACAUGCUGAAAGCCGGCUCAGUGGCGAUGACCUUUGGCAUGGUUUCCGCCAAAGGAGAGAAACUGAGACUGGAUGAAAACGUAGAGGUUCUGGUGCCGCCCAGCCCGGUUCGGCUCGGCAAGACCGUGGCAUUUGGCGUCUACAUGAAGACUGGUUCGAACACGGAACAGUUUACUUUGAGGGUGUGGUUCCAGUCAGGCAUUAACUUCCUGGCUGUGAAACCCAGCAACUUCGUUGCGUGGGAGAUCAAACAGGAAAUGGCGCCCGGAAGCAACUCGUUGGCGGUGAUGUGUCAGAGAAGGGCCUCCUCCACAGCACAGAGGUUGGAAAGUCCCUCAUAUGAAGUGAUGCAGCUGGACUUUGAGGUGGAUAAUGUGAUCAACUUCGUGCCAACCCAGACUCUGCACUGGAACGUCGAGUACCCUGACAUGCAGACGACUUCCAGACAAACAGAGAAAGUCUCGCACCUCUACAUCAGCAACGCAGACAUUCAAGGAAUCGUGCCGCUGGCCGAGGACACAGAGGUGGUGAACACAGCCAUUCUCACCGGUCGGCGCGUCGCAAUGCCCAUCAAACUGGUUACCGUAGAAACCGACGGCAGGUGAGGGAGGUGGACAAACUCUGUCACCUGCAGCUCGACAGACGUGGACGUUCUCAAGGUUUCCCCCAACUGUAACCAGGUCUUGGUGAACGGUAAAGAAAUGCGCGGUCGGCAGUCUCUGGCGGUGAACUUCACCUACCUGCACCUUUCUGCCACGCUGCAGCUCACCGUGUGGGUGCCCAAGCUCCCUCUGCAGAUAGACGUGUCGGACACUGAGCUGAGCCAGGUCAAAGGCUGGAGGGUACCCAUCAUCACCAACAAGAGGCCUACCAGAGACAGCGAAGAUGAUGAGGAUGAUGAGAGGAAGGGCAAAGGCUGCACCCUACAGUACCAGUACGCCUUGGUGCGAGUCCUCACUCAUUUUGUCGCAGAACCCUCUGACCCCGGAGGUGAGAUGGUCUUCAUGUUGGGUGCGGACUGGCAAGCUGAUAUUACUCAUUUGGUCUACGACCAGCUAAAGGUAGAGGAUCCUCGCAUUGCCAAAUUGAUAGAUGGAAGAAUCUUGAUCGGACGGGACCUGGGAAUUACCACUAUACAGGUUCUUUCCCCACUGUCGGAUUCUAUCCUGGCAGAGAAGACUGUGACUGUGUUGGAUGACAAGGUGACCAUCACUGACCUGGGAGUCCAGCUGGUUGCAUCUCUGUUCAUCAGUAUGACAGCAAGUCCUGGAAAUUACCAGGCUAUACAGCUUACAACUACAGCAACAGACCUGUUACACACACCUAAACAGGAAGCAGCAAUCAGUUCCUGGAUCCAGUACAGUGAUGGUUCAGUGACUCCUCUUGACGUCUAUGAUCCAAAAGACUUUCUUCUCUCGGCUGUGUCAUUGGAUGAGAGCGUCAUCUCCAUAACCAAUCAGGAACAACACUGGCCUAUUGUAGUGGCAGAGGGCGAGGGACAGGGAGCCCUGGUUCGAGUGGAGAUGGUCAUCUCUGAGACCUGUCAGAAGUCCAAAAGGAAGAGUGUGCUGGCAUCUGGAGUUGGCAAUGUGGUAGUGAAGUUUGGAGCAAAAAGUGAAGAGAGGGGUGUGAUGGGUAGAAGUGGACAGGACGACGGAGCAGGGACCGACAACAGCACCAGCGAGCCAAAGGAUGGAGGAGAGUGGAAAUCCAACAGUGCAGCUGUGGAUCGAGAGGAAGGAGCAAUGAGGAAGGUUAGCACAACCACCAAGAGCACAGUAACCCACCGUGCUUCAGGUGGCAAAGCUGCCAGUGGAGGCAGCAGCAGCAGCCGGGGUGGGGUUCCCAGCCAGGCCGGGGACCACAGUAGCUACCCAGCACAGGUGGAGGUACCAGGCACUGGAGAUAGUGAGCUGACUCAGACCACGAGAGGACUGUCGGACCUGGAGAUUGGAAUGUAUGCCCUUCUGGGUGUAUUCUGUCUGGCAAUACUGGUCUUCCUCAUCAACUGCGUCAGUUUUGCAUUCAGAUACCGUCACAAGCAGGUCCCUGUGCUGGAGGCGGGAGACAACAUGAACCACGCCCAUGACUGGGUGUGGCUUGGCAAUGAGGCUGACCUUUUAGCUGACCACUCUGACCAAUGCCAGGGUGGGCUGCAUGACGAGUGCACCACUAUCAUUGACAGGAAUGAGGGAGGAUACGAGGAGAACAAAUACCUCCUGAACGGGGCUGGCAACACCUUGAUGAUGGGCGUGGGCUCAGGCAUGGGAACCAUUAGUGGGAGAGGUGGUCCAGGGGGACAUCGUGGCAUCGCCCAUGGACAAACCCUGCCCAGAUCUGUUGCAGAACCACAUCAGUGCCUUUCUGCAAUGCCUACUAGUGGAACAAAAUCCACUUGCCAAGGGGAGCAUCUGAAUAAUUCCCCCAGGGCCACGGCUGCAGCUGCGGUCGCAGCUGCCAAACGCAAACGCGUCCAGUUCACGUCUUUUGCCACCGUUCUGCCAAAUGAUAAUUCCGGUGGGGGUGGCCCAUACACCAACUCUUCAGUCAUGUUGACCAAUGGCAGUGAGGAUGACAUAAAGUGGGUGUGCCAGGAUAUGGACCUGGGUCAGUCUGAAAUCAGAACCUACAUGGAGAGGCUACAAGACAAUCUGUGACUGAUGGGAAAGGGACAGAGAAAUGGAGGGGCACAGGAUGAGUGCAGGAGGGGGAGUAUGGACAAUGAGUACAAUUCACCUGUAAUGCCUUUGCAAUGGAUGAAGGGAGGGAGACCGGGAGGAAUAUGAGAUCAGUAAAUGAAACUCGAAGUGUUGCCAAGAGUUUAGAAGAUGAUUGAAUGGACAGUGAAGGGGAAGCAUACCUUUAGCUCCCCUUUGGCUGUGGAGAGCAUACUGUCAUUACUUGCUUAAACUGACAUCAAUGGUAGCAAACAAUAAUAAACCUUAUGAGUUCAUUUAUAAUCUAUUAUUUAUUUGUGAAAAUAUUAGUGUAAGAAUCAAUAAUAAAGUUACCAUUGGUUAUAAGUGUUUAUUUUCAGAAUACUAGUAAACCAUUGCGCUAUACAGUAAAUUCAGGGUAUGUUAUUAGACAAACAUUAUCAUGCCACUAUACAUUUAGACCAUGGAUGGUAAGAACAUCAUUUCUGAAGUAUUUUUAAUCAUAUGUAUUGACUGUGGCUUUUGAUUUAUCAUUUAUAAAUCUAGUAUUAAUCAUGAAUUACUAAGUUUGCUGAUGAUUAUGAUUACUGAAAAAAAAGUGCACAUCAAAUAUACUACCUGUUUGUUUUUGUUCCAUCAUGUGACCCAUUUUCUUUUGGCAUUGCUCAUAAAUGAAAUGUAUCAUGUAAACAUAUAUAUAUUCCAAGUACUCAACCAUACCUUCGGACACCUGUGGGGGCUGCCAUUCAGCGUUAAAUACCAUCAUGCUAUUUCCUCAAACAACAGAAUGUUUCAAGAGUUGGAUGAUGAUGUGAAAUACAAAAGACUGUUUCUCCCUUGGAUCCAAGACAGAGGCAUUUAAACCUGCACAAUAACAAACAGGAAAUGACAUUAGCCAUAUUUCAGGCUGACUUCCUUUUUUUGUGAAACCUUCCAGCCAAUGACGGUUUUCUCCCUGUGUUCACAACCAAUCGCAUCAUCCCCAGGCCCCUCCCCUUGUCUGUGACUGGACAGCAUUAGACACUUUUGGAACUGCAGUAUACAGUGAAAUACUCUCUGUGAACUAAAGGGGGACUGACUGAGGUGUCUCAUACAAAACAGAGGCUGCUUGGGCUUUGCAAAGCCCGAGCGAACUCUUAAUAAUGAGGAUUAUUUAAAACAGAAACCAGGAUGGCUACAAGAUAGACCCUUUCCUACAUGGAGCUAACAGGAUAUAAUGAAUGACAUUACAAUACCAAGUGGAGUGACACAAACAGUCACAUAGAUAUUGGUUCAUAAAACAUGUUUGUUUUGUUGAAAAUAAUUAUGUAUUUCUUUUCCUAUUUUUUUUUUUUUAUAAAUAGUUUUUAUUAUGUUUUUCCAUCAAUUUGGAAGAUAUUAAUUGUAGCUUUUUAUUUCCAAGAUUUAUUAAGAUUUUAAGGAUAUAUGAUUAUUUUGUUCUCCUAAAUAUCUAUUUAUUUAAAUUAACAUUUGAGGGGGUGAGGAGGGCAAAAAAAGCCCAAGGGCAAAUAUGAAACAGAUCUGCUGAUGAAUGAUAGCACAUUAAAAGAACAAGUGAAAGGAAGGAGACAGAACAGGUAGAGGUUGCCUCACCUUCUUUAAGCUCAGGUGACGAGUCAUAAAGAACUGACCAUAAAAAAGGAGAAUUGUAAGAUUGUUAAGAUUGCAAUAUUUAUUUAUAAAUGUGUUACUGUUUCAAAGUACACUGUAUGUUGUAGAUAAAUAAACAUGCUUCAAAGUGCUUGUGAAUAAGAUUGCAGAUCACUAGCCAACAACAUAGUGAUAUUUUGUACAUUUUACAGUGCAAAUAUGAUACACAAAACUAUCGGUACCACCUUACAAUAAGACUACCCUUAUAAAGGAUUAAUAAAAGGUUUAUAAGUAGGUUAUGAAUUAGGUUGUAAACACUUUAUUAAUCAUUAAGAACCAUUUAUAAACCAGUUCUAACAUACUUUUCAUACAUUAACACAGGCUCACUAUUUGGCAAGAUGACUAAGCCUUAUAUUGGCUACCUAGGGAGAAUCAAUUCAGUGAACAACAGAUACCAAGGAUGCUGGCUGAUAAAGAAGACGAAGUAAGCUAAGUAGCCAAUAUAAGACUUAGCAGUACAGAUACAUGUGGGCUCACUAUUUGGCAAGCAACCGGUCACAGUUGUCUUGUUUAAUGUCUGUUUAAUGUUUUAAUGAUUUAUAAAGUGUUCACAACUUAAUUAAUUAAUUAAUUACAAACUAUUCGUAAACCCUUAUUAAGGGUAGUCUUAUUGUAAAGUGCUACCAAACUAUCUACCACCACAAUGUGAAAGUGAUCUUAUUGGUUCUUUUUCUAAUAAUGUUCCUGUCUUUGUUUAAAAUAUUGAAUGAGGUCUUGUUUUUGUACAGGGUAGGAAUCAGUUUACCUCUGUCAUGAGAUGUACAAAUUGAAGUAGUUCGUUCAUCAAGCCUGAAAUAGCUUGAGGCUAUUGUGUCCAAGAGAUCCAUUUUAGAAAGAAAACCAAACCAAAUGUGAAGAUAUUUCAAUCCAAAACAGAGGCUGAAUAUGGACUACCACAGAUAUCUCUUGUUUCAAUAAUUUGUCUAACAAGGUGCAUAAUACACUGUACAAAAAUAUAAUUUAUAUUUUUGUUCGGUGUAUCAAUGCACAUAAAGUCACAAUGGCAAAAUUGUAAGGUAAAACAUUAAGGACACAGGAAUCAAAGGAUGGAGAUCUUGAAAAGAAGAAGAAGAAGAACAUUGGCUGCACAGCCUUCACCAAAGCAAUAGAUAUUUUGACUAAUGAUGGCAACUAUACUGUAUGUACUAGACAUUAUUGUAUUUUGCCUCCUAAUGUAGCCACAAAACUGCUGUGAUUGAACGGUUAAGUCAAACGGGAACAACUUUGAUAGUCGCUGACGGUAGAUGUGUAGCAAUGUUUUCAAUAAAAAUAACCUUUUGACU